CUACUUCCCAGGGAUUUAGUACCUCGGCUGUUUCCACAAGCGUCACUGUGCAUAGCUGGACAUUUUUUGCAUUGCUUUGUUGUGCUCGAAGUUCUUUCUAGGACAACCAAGGUUUUUUGGCGGUUCUUUUUGUAGAAAGCAGGAUGUCUCAAUCCGUUACAGAGAAGAGAACCGUGGUAAAAACGUCAUCAAACUAUUCCAACGACGAUGGUAUUAGGUAUAAGUCGUCGGUGGGACCUAGACCGACAUCUGCAGUCAAGUCCCGAUCAUCGUUCACUCCAAGUUACCAUGGCGGGCGUCCAUCAAGCGGAUUCUCGUAUACAGCCUCCUACACGAUGGGGAUGCAAGCAACACCCUUACCCAUGGAUGGAUCGUAUGCUACUAUCUCCAACUCAAACGUCUCCAGCGUGAAAACUACCCGGGCCCGCGAAAAGAAGGAUAUGCAAGAUUUGAACGAACGACUGGCCAACUACAUUGAAAAGGUGCGAUUUCUCGAAGCCCAAAACAAAAAACUUGUGGCCGAGUUGGAGGAUUUGAAAAGCAAGUGGGGAAAAGAAACAGCCGCCAUCAAGGAAAUGUACGAGACAGAGCUAAAGGAAGUUCGCGAAGUUUUGGACGACACUGCCAAAGACAAGUCACGACUUGAGAUCGAGGCCAGAAACCUGCAGGAACAAAACCAAGACCUCUACAGACAACUUGACGAGGCCAAGAAGUACCGUCAGAUCGACCGUGACCAGAUCAACAAGCUCAAUCAGCAGCUGUCCGAGUACGAUGGCGAGAUCAGCAUGUUACGGCGUACACUGGAGAACAUGGAGAAGGAGAGAGAGAGGGACAAGGUCACCAUCCAGAGACUCACCGCCGAGGUCGAGAAGCUUAGGAUGGAACUGGCCGCGGAGACGCUCGCUCACCUGGACUGUGAGAACAGGCUGCAGACCCUGGCCGAGGAGAUGGAAUUCAUGAAGAGCUUACACGAAGAGGAAAUGAAGGAACUGGCGAACCUGGCCUACAGAGACACAACCGAGGAGAACCGGGAAUUCUGGAAGAACGAGCUGUCCUCUGCCAUCCGUGAAAUCCAGUAUGAGUAUGACGCCAAGUGUGACCAGAUCCGAGGUGAUCUCGAGGGGUACUACAACCUCAAGGUACAAGAGAUCCGCACUGGCAUCACCAAACAGAACAUGGAGGCUCAGCAUUCCAAGGAAGAGACCCGCAAAUGGCGAACCCAAGUCACGGACUUGAAGGCGAAACUGGCCGAUGUGGAAGCCAGGAACGCCCAGCUGGAGAGAACUCUCCGAGAACUACAGCGAGAGCUGGACGAGAAGGAUCAGGAUGCUGCUCGUAGAGAAGCCACCCUCCGUGAGGAGAUAACUCAGCUCAGAAUGGAGAUGGAAAAAAUAUUGCAAGAGUUACACCUGAUGGACGCCAAACUGUCACUGGAGCUAGAGAUCGCGGCCUACAGGAAGCUGCUGGAGGGAGAAGAGAGCAGAGUCGGUCUGAAAAACGUUGUGGAGUCAAUGAUAACAACCCGGAGCUCUGGCGGACAGAGUCUGUCUGAAGUCAUCAGUAGCUCGGGAUAUGGCGCCGAGAGCGGUGACUCCCAGAUGUCCAUGAAGAUGAUGAGGGGCGAGGUUUCGGCUAAAACCACCUACCAGAGAACCUCCAAGGGAGCCGUGUCGAUUGCUGAGGCAAGUCCGGAAGGGAAGUACAUCCUGCUGGAAAACACCUCUAGCGGAUCAACCAGAAGGGAUGAAAAUCUUGAGGGCUGGAGAAUUGUCCGAAAUAUCGAUGGCAAGAGUGAGGUGUACUACAACUUCCCAAUGGGCUUCGUUCUUCGAUCUGGAAAGAGUGUCAAGAUCUGGGCGCGGAAGUAUGCCAGCCAGGCUUUGAUGAAUGACCUGGUACACAAGGAUGAUGACAGCUGGGGUGUUGGUCUGCAGGUAGUGACCAGGCUUCUGAAUGGAUCAGGCGAGGAGAAGGCCAGUCACACCCAGAAGACAUUGUAUCAUUAAACACUGCCAAGGACCACCUUAUUCUUAAGAGAUUAUUCACUUUUAACACUUUGUAGUCAUUUUUAGUCAACUAAAAUAAUUUACACCAGGGUACUGGCUUCAGUUGCGCGUUGUGUUGGUUGCCUAGCAACAGCUUGGUCGCUAUUUUGCACAACUUUAAUGGUCGAUUUUUACAAAGUGUUGUAGUUGUGGUUAUCUGUUAAAAGGAUAGUAAAUGCUUUGUUCACAAUGUGUUGUAGUUUACCCUCAUGGAAGGGCAUGUGGGAUAUUCUCUUGGUAGAUUUCUCGUACUAAAUUUGGCAGGUUACCAGAUGUGAAAGUCGUUUUAGGAACGGCUUGAAUACUGUGCCAACGUACAUAAGUAGGACUAGGUUAGUAACGUUUUUCAAAAUUCCCAUGUACGCAGAAUCCUGAAACUAAACUGAAUAAAGUCAUGGAGAAAAGAAAAGGUGUAAUGUGCGAAAACAGAGGAAAUCAGUUGUUUUUAUUUAGCAUCAUGUCGCGUGACAAUAAUUGUCCAGUAAUGGCUGCAGGCCUAACAUUGUAGGUGAUCUAACUGAAAAAGGCGUGUGUAGAACUGGUACAUUCGUGUUAAUAUAUAUAGUACAUACCGUGAUAUUCACCAUUUUAUAAUAAUCGACUUAUUUUUCACUUUUAAAAACUGCAUUCCUCGAAACGCCAAAGUUCUAAAACUUUAAAGAAACUGGUAAAAAAACACAUUGUCUAACGAAAGUGUUUUAUAGAAUGUGAUUGUUGGUUGCAAGUAGACCGUAGUUGUUGUUAGCUGAUUUGAAGUGUUAGGGCAUGAGACACGUGUUCCUCCGAGCACUACGUCCUCUUCAGACGACAAACGCUGCCAUCAUUUCGUGUUUUUAUUUAUUGCUAAUCGUCUCUUUUGUUGUAUAAUAAAUGUCUUAUCGUAAUGGUAUAUAUUUUAUUGGUAAUACAGGUCGGUUUAUAAUGAAUAAUAUAUGUCAUAUUCGCAGUAGUAUCAUAUUAGAAGACAAACGCUGUCGGUAUGUUCGGAGGUGGUAAUACAUUUUGCAUUCGUCUUGUAUUUUUUUACACAGAUUUAUAAAUCUGAGUAUUUUUGUUCCUGUCGUUGUUGUUGUUGUAGGUAAAGGGAAUCGUUUUACAUUAUAGCUACUUUCUGAGUUAAAGACUUGAAUAAACUGAAAACAAAACAUUUCGUUGCGUUUUACGUGAUAUACAAUUUGACCCAAAUAUGUGAUGGGGGUACAUGUGGCUCAUAUCUUAGAAGUUGUAUUGUCUCGCUUCUGUGCGUCAUUUCUACUGCCAGUGACGAAUUCUGUCUACAGCGAAAAGAUUUCUACCCGAUGUCUUUCCUCUGGUUCAAUAUUUUCACGUGAUGCGCCCUGUUCUAGUUUGGUACUUUGUUCACGUAGACGAGAAUAUAUAAGGUUGUUUUUAAACAAUAUGUGAGCCCGUGUAAUUCUGGGCGGAAAAGGUGUACACGUACAAGCAGACGACAGAGCAAGAUUUCUUCUUUUAAUACUUCUAAAUUUAGGACGAUUUUAACUUGUUUUAAAACAAGGUAUGUUCCGCUUUCACACAUUUCAAUAAUGGUGCCUAUGCUUGCCCAUCUAGCAGUGCACAGAUUUCACGCGAUGAUUUGAUUUGCAAUCAGUAUGACAAGGAGGAUAAAUUUUAUUUAAACCAUCGUUUCCUUUUUUUCGACGCAACCCGAGUGAUAUUGACAAAGGCUCGUAUACAGUGGGAUUAGCCGUGAAGCUGGGCAAAUCACACUGUCAAAAGACAAAACAAAGAACAUGUAGCGAGGAAUGACAAGCUCUCAAUAAAUUUCGAAAUUAGGCCUUUUCAAUAAGGCCAGAUUUGCGGAGAGUGUGUCACCAUAGUUACUAACGAAGACAAAGUGCCCAAAAUGACAGGAACCAACCCAGGAAGAGAUCUUUUGUAUUUGUCGUGUUGAAAAGCGAUUAUUGUUAUAUUCAUAACCACUCAGCACGAUAACGAAUGAGCCAAUAAUUCAUGAGUUGGAUAUUUCCUGCUGAACUGCUAUUAACCGCGGAAUGAAAAUUUUGCUGCUGGUGUUGAAAAAUGUUGUGCUAAUAUGCUAUGUGUAGACUCCUACAACGAGUUGUUUGUCUGUCCGAUAUGGUUGUGCCUCUUUAUGAAUGUAGUGCGUCAAGUGUUACAGCUCAUACUGUUUAUAUUUGCUGAUUAUGUCAUUAAAGCAUUCACCUUUGCU